CAAACACGCAAAAUAUUGUGUGAAGGCAAUCUUUCAUCAAUAUUUGAGGUUUCUAUAUAUAUAAAGAGAGCUAUUUCUCUAUGUCCUAAAUUCAAUUCCAUCUUCAAAAUUUAAAAUUCUAGAUGAGUAACUUCUCGAAGAUGUCAUUGAUCAAAUCAUUCGCUUCUUAUUGCCGGCAGAAUUUGCAUCUCGCAGGCCUCAACCGAUCACAAUCUAAGGAAAUCAAGGCUCAUCUCUCCGGCGGAAUUGCUUCAUUGCUACAUGCUCAAUCCAAGCCAAAGAUGGGGAUUACUAACGCUAGGGACGACUCAAAUCCACCUUCGCCGCCUCCACCUCGAUUUCCUUUCUAUAUUUGGGCAAAAUGGAUAUUGGGUACAGCUCUGACAAUAAUUCUACCCUUUUGGCGGCAGAAAUGGAGAAGCCUAUUGAAACUUGAAGGUGAAGUUGAAAUGGUGGCUGGGGCAGUGGAUAAUGUAGCGAAGGUAGUGGAGGAAGUUGCAAUGGUGACUGAAAAGAUGGCUGAGGAUGCUGCAGAGAGCUUACCAGAGGAUGAUCACAAGCUCAAAGAUGCACUCGUCUGUAUCGAAAAUGUAUCGAAAAAAGUUGUUGAGGAGGCCCAUCUUACGCAAGACAUUAUUCAUAAGGUGGAUGAUUUGAAGGAGGAAGUGGAGACGCUGAUAGACCCCAUUAAGGAAAGGGAGAAGCGGCAAGAAAGACACGAGAAAUAGAAAUUAUGUAGUGUUUGUGAAUUCGUUAAGGAACAAGUGUUCAAUUAUUUAUUUGCUGUAUAUAAUUGUGAUCAUCGCAAGUCAAUUGUAUUUUUAUGCUUGUGAUUAUCACCAAUCAGAUCAUCUUUUUGAA